GUCCGACCGUUCUGCUAAUGCGUCAGUUGUGUACAUGAACGUGCGAAGACGAAAAAGCAGGCUUCUCAUCACCCCUGACCCCUCGAGAUCUGGUUCUUACCUCUUAUAACACUGCUUGUUCUUUACUUUUUUCUUUUCUUGCGCCAGCUUCCAUGUCCGUCCGCAGCGCCAACUUGCCCUCAUUCCUUUCAUUGUUCCUGAUAUGCCGCUGGCCAUUCCAGCAUGCUCACCUUGCUCCCUGACAACUUUGUGCUGGAGGAAGUGACAACAAAUGACUUGAUCAUUGCGUCUCUUGCCUGGGGCUUCACCCUGGGCAUCGGCUGGCUGACGGCAUGGUCGGCCAUCCAGCAGACCGCCAGCGCCUAUCGUCGACGCGGUUUUGCUCUGCUGCGCAACCCAUACAUCUGGAUGAUCUGGGGCGAGAUUUCCGUUUGUCUUGGGUUUGGCAUUAUUUGCUUCAUGUACAUUUUGGGCGUCGUUAUGCCUAGCUUCGCCUUCUACUUUUGCAUCCUUACUUUAUGGGCCCUUCAGGUUCAGUUCCUCCUGCAAAUUAUUGUCAACCGAUGUGCAAUCCUUUUGCACGACCGGACUUUCGUCUGGCGAGUCAAAUAUGGCGUCGCAGCUUUCAUCACCGCUAUCAACAUUUCCGUCUACUGUAUCUGGAUUCCCGCCCGGCUACAGAUAUCCGAGUCGUAUAUACACAUCAACGAGAUAUGGGAUCGCUGUGAAAAGAUCAUCUACCUCCUUGUCGAUGCUUGUCUCAACUUACUCUUCAUCCGCAUCGUCCGAUCGAAUCUGGUGGAAUUGGGACUAAGCAAAUACGACAACCUGGUCAAGUUCAACAUGUUCAUCAUCGUUUUCUCCCUGAGCAUGGAUGUUCUCAUUAUCUCCAUGAUGAGCUUGAAAAACACGUUUGUGUACAUGCAGUUUCACCCGCUCGCUUACAUUGUCAAACUCAACAUCGAAAUGUCCAUGGCCAGCCUCAUCGCUAAGAUCGCUCGGCAAUCAGGACAUUCUCACGGAUCCGACUACAAUACCAAUACCGGCACGAGAUCCCGAGCAACCCGAGCUGGCGAUACUACAUUAGCGAAUAAAACACAAGAUAGAGGAGAACGCCCCAAAUCGAAGGCUUGGCCAACUGUCACUACCGCUGUGGAAAUGCAUGUCAUGGACGCAAAAGGGGCUCCGGCAACAAAGGCAACACGUGGGUUUAGCCAUGCAGACACCGACAUGUUACUCGACGAAGCACCCUAUUCCGUGCAGAUUCAAGGCGCCUAUGCCGAAUCUUCCCAGGUGUCUAGGCUAGGUGCAGAGGGUUCUGUGAGCAGUCGUGGCUCUGGUCUGGAUCCUGUGCCGUAAAAUUAUAAAUAUAGAAAUAAUAAAUUAUAAC